UUUUUUUUAUAUAGAUAAUUUAUUCUUUUUUCCUUUUUUUUUUUCUUUAUAUAUAUUUUUUUAAAAAGAUCCAUCAUCAUCAUGCGAUUCUCUUUCUUAAUUGUCUUGGUCUUAUUCUUUUUCCAUCAAGUAUUUGCUACUAACAACCAGGCAAUGACACCGUCAUUGAUGGCACGACAACAAGCAAAUGCACCCAUGGCCAUGCCUUCUCAAAGAAAACGAGCACCUACUAUUUGGGCAUCUCCUGAAAUACUUCAAAAUGGUACCUUGUUUUAUGUAGCCAUCUCCAUCUCUACUUUACUUUGGUGUACAGGGAAAGGUGUUGAUAUGACUUUGGAUCAACAACAACGACAAGCUGAAUUUGCCGCCUGUCGUUAAUUUUUUCUUUUUUUCUUUUUCUUUUUCCUUACAUUUUUCUUUUUUUUUGAUGAUAAUAUUAUAUCCCUCUCCCCAUCUCUCUACUUUAUUUACAUACAUAUAUAUAUUUGAUAACCUCUUUCAAGUUAAUAUUUAGUUUCUCUGUAUCAUACCAAUUCAUCUGUAUAUUUUAAAAUCAUCCCUGUUGUAUUAUUUGUUUCAAUAAAAACUCCUUUUGAACUUU